UCAAACAUCGAUAACGCCUUGAUUGUUGUGAGGAUGUCAGACUGCAAGCAGAUCGCCUCUCAGAAGAGCGCUAAAAUCGCAGCAGGAGCAGUGGUGUGUGUGGAGAGCGAGAUCAGAGGAGAUGUGACCAUCGGAGCCCGGACCGUGGUGCACCCCAAAGCCCGGAUAAUCGCAGAGGCGGGGCCCAUCAUCAUCGGGGAGGGGAACCUGAUCGAGGAGCAGGCGCUCAUCAUCAACAGUUACCCGGAAAACCAGCUGCCGGACUCUGAGGGCGCGGAGCAGAAAACCAUGACCAUCGGGACCAACAAUGUGUUUGAAGUGGGAUGUGUGUCUCAGGCCCUGAACAUCGGAGACAACAACGUGAUCGAGUCAAAGGCUGACCUGGGCAGGAGGGUGGUGCUGAGCAGCGGCUGCAUCGUGGGCGCCUGCUGCCAGCUCAACACCUGCGAGGUGGUGCCGGAGAACACGGUGGUGUACGGCUGCGGCACCAACCGCCGCCUGCAGAGCGAGAAGCCUCAGCCUCAGACUCUGCAGCUGGACUUCCUGAUGAAGAUCCUGCCAAACUACCACCACCUGAAGAAGACUGUGAGAGGAAACAGCACCACCCCUGUGAGGAACUGACUCCCCCUUCUUUACAUCCACAUGUGAGGAUCUCACACCACCUUCUUUACCUCCACCUGUGAACUCCACCUUCUUUACCUCCACCUGUGAACUCCACCUGUGAACUCCACCUCCUUUACCUCCACCCGUGAGAAUCAUUUUUCAGGAGUUUCUGCUUUUUCACUUCUUUUAUCAGAUAGUCUGAUCUAUUUUAGACCUGACAUUGUAAAUCUCCUUGUUAAUUAAUUACAUUUAAAUGUCUUUAUAAUUGUUCUGGUAAAGAUUGCAAUAAAUAUUAU